AUGGCUCCACAGACUAUGAAGGCUGUCAACUACCAGGGCCCUUUCAAGGUCUCAGUAGAAGACGUCGAACUGCCCAAGCUGCAACAUCCCGACGACGUCAUUGUCAAGGUCACGACGGCUGCUAUCUGUGGCUCCGAUCUACACAUGUACGAAGGUAGAACGAAAGCAGAACCCGGUAUUACCUUUGGCCAUGAGAAUAUGGGAAUAGUAGAACAGCUCGGCGAGGGAAUAACUCUCCUUAAGAAAGGGGACCGCGUCGUUAUGCCCUUUAACGUCGCUGACGGCCGCUGCCGCAAUUGCGAAGAGGGCAAGACUGCUUUCUGCACUGGCGUAAACCCUGGAUUUGCUGGAGGUGCCUAUGGCUACGUUGCCAUGGGCCCUUACAGAGGUGGUCAGGCUCAGUACAUUAGAGUUCCGUACGCUGAUUUUAAUGCUCUUAAACUCCCUGCUGGGAAAGAGCAUGAGUCUGAUUUCAUUCUUCUUGCUGAUAUCUUCCCUACCGGCUGGCAUGGUGUUGAAAUUUCGGGUUUCCGAUCUGGCGAGAGCGUCGCUGUCUUCGGUGCUGGCCCGGUAGGUCUCAUGGCAGCAUACUCAGCCGUCCUGCGUGGCGCCUCGCGAGUGUUCGUCGUGGACCGUGUUCCCGAGCGUCUUCAGGCGGCUGAAAAGAUUGGUUGCACGCCUAUCGACUUCUCCAAGGGUGAUGCCGUGGAUCUCAUCAUGAAAGCCAAUGGCGGAGAUGAAGUUGAUCGAUCUGUCGAUGCUGUCGGUUAUCAAGCUAUUGGAAACAGUGGCAAUACUGAACAGCCCAACAUCGUUCUCGAGAAUAUGAUCCGUGUUACCAGACCUUGUGGUGGUCUUGGAAUUCCUGGUCUCUACGUCCCUAGCGAUCCCGGUGCUUCAGACGAGGCCUCUGCCAAGGGUAUGAUCAGUCUUAGCUUUGGCAAACUCUUUGAGAAGGGACUCACCAUCGGUACGGGUCAGUGCAAUGUCAAGUCUUAUAACCGCUACCUUCGAGAUCUCAUCAUCUCUGGACGGGCUAAGCCUAGCUUCGUCGUUUCGCAUGAGAUCAACAUUGAUGAAGCUGAAGUCGCUUAUGAGAAUAUCCCAAAGCGAUUGGGAUUCGGACACAAGCCUGUUCUGUUGCAAUUGGCAUCAAACAAUAUGGCGACGACUACUUCUCUUGAACUCACGAGCAAUCGCCCUGAAGGUAACGAGGAAGAACACUCAGAGAUGGCUUCAAUCGAUACUCUACCACCAACCGAUCGAGGUCGCGGAGCGUAUACAGCUCUUGCUUGCUGCACAAUGGCCCAAGCACCUAUCUGGGGAUACUCUGUAUCUUUCGGGAUCUUUCAAGAAUACUACUCUGCCCACACAAACCUCAAAGCCUCUCCUAGUGCUAUCGCUUCAAUCGGUGCAUCGCAAACAGGAACAAUGUAUCUGAUGAUGCCUCUGGCUUUCAUCGCCCUUAAUCGUUUCCCUCGACUUCGGAAGUGGUGCGGACCACUCGGUCUCGCCAUCACCGUCAUAAGCUUGACCUCUUCGGCAUUCGUCAGUAAUGUUGCUGGACUCAUCGCGACACAGGGUGUUUUGUAUGCUAUUGGUUGUAGUUUGCUUUUCAGCCCUAUUUCGCUCUAUAUGGAUGAAUGGUUCGUCGAGCGUAAAGGAUUCGCAUUCGGAGUUCUCUGGGCUGGCAAGUCAACUAUAGGGGCCGUCAUGCCAUUUCUAUUCAACGCCUUACUUCAAAGAUUCGGGCUCAAAGCGACUCUUCUCUCUUGGACAGUUGCAUCGGCUGCCAUGACCUCACCUACGCUCUUCUUCCUGAAGCCCCGAGUUGAGGUCACCCGUGACUUGCGACCACGUCCCAUCAGCUUUGCUUUCAUGGGGCUCGCAUCAUUCUGGAUGCUGCAGUUUGGUAUUAUUGUUCAAUCACUUGGAUAUCUGAUGCCAAGCACAUAUCUAGCAAGCUACGCCAGCACAAUUGGUCUCUCGUCGGUCACUGGACCAAUCCUGCUGGCCCUCUUUUCACUUGCUUCUGUGCCUGGAUCUCUUAUUCACGGCAUGCUUGGUGACAAGGUCUCUUCGUCCAAAGUCAUUCUUGUCUCUUCAUUAGGAAGCGCGCUCCCAGUGUUUCUAUUAUGGGGGCUCAAUCGUCACAUUAGCACCAUGGUGGUGUUUGUGGUUCUCUAUGGCUUCUUCGCUGGAGGAUUCAGCGCUACAUGGUCAGGGGCUUUGCAGGAAGUUAAGGGGGAUAACGAACUCAUCGAUACCUCUUUGGUGUUCGGUAUGUUACUCGGUGGUCGUGGACUGGGAUUUGUCGUUGCAGGACCUUUGAGCGGUGCACUUUUCUCGGCUGGGAACUCGUUGGCAAGCGGCGAUAGUCUUGGCUAUGCGACCAAGUAUGGCCCAAUGAUUCUUUGCACUGGUGUAACAGCAAUACUAGGAGCAUGA